UAUUUAACUUGUACUGAACAUAUUUUAUGAUUUUCUGGAUGUUAAAUAACGAUCUCAAGUCGUGACACUGCCAAGCAGGUAUUUUUAUUGAAGCUCAUAUGUUUGAUAUUUAGCUAUUUGGAUUAAAAUAAUUGACGCAUUAUAAUUUUGCAUAUAUAGUUUUUUGGAUGUAAUAUUUACCGGUAAUUAAGAUUCAAAUGAGAUUUAGUUGUUUAAACCAAGGCAUAAACAAUAUCCGAAUCAUUUAAAUUUAUAUUUUUUUCGGUUGUGUUUAUCGGGGGCUAUUUAUUAAUCACUUACCGUACUAUAUUUUUCAAUUUAUUUCAUGAAUAUUUUUUCAUUACUGAAAAAAUGAAUGUUUUCAUGACAUGAUGUCAAUAAUUGGCAUUUGUUGGCUGUGCAUAAUAUUGCUUAACAUAGAGGGAUUUUGUUUGGCAUAAAUGAGAUUGAAAUGGUUGCCUUCACAUUUGAAAUAUUGCUACCUGUUGGUUACUGUAUAUAUUUGUUUUUUAUAUCAGCGAUACAGCCUAUUCAAAAUUCAACAAUGCCAAUAAAGUGCCUUUUGUUACUGUUUCUACCAAAUUUUCAACUGCCAUUUUAUUUUAUUGACAAAGAUACACAAUUUUAAUUUAAUCAUCAGAAUAUCAGUUCCAAUAUUUUUUUGUCCCUAAUAUUAUACGUGUGAUCCAUUUAGCUAAAACAUUAUUAGCUACAUAAGUCAGUUUUUUCGUUUUUAUUCUUCUUUUGUUUCAUUUUUUUUUGUGUAGAUGGGUGCGAACUUGAUUGUAAAAUACUGCAAAAACUGUCACUUCUUAAACACAAUUUUCUUUUUAGAAAUAAUAUUAUACAAUAUGGCUAAUAUUCCGGGUGUACCCCCUGGCCAUCCUGAACCAUUAGGGCCUAAACAACCACAUGAAUUGAACAUAGCAUCUCUUUGCCAAAUGGGGCAAGAUACAGUGCAAGAACUCGUACAAAAAGUCAGUGAAGUCUUCCAAAACUUCAAACUAAUGCAACUUCCUAAUGGAACCCAACCUAGUAUGAGAAACACACAAAAUGUAUCGAAAAAGAUUGCAGACAGUCUCGUGCAAAUUGAAUCCCAUUUUAAAAGACUGAAACAUGUAUAUAGAGAAUGCCAAAAGAAACUUCCAGAUGACGUAGAUCCGUGUGUUUUAAUUCCUCAUACUAAUCAAAAUAUGGAUUCUGGUGAAAGUUUAGCCGAUGAACUUCCGAGAAGUCAGAAAGAAAUUUUUCUUGAACAAAAGAAAAGUGAACUUGAAACCAUUUUAAAUACCAGAAAUGAACAAUUGAAAAAUUUAUUAGAACAAAUGAGAAAUUUAGUUUGGGAAGUUAAUUCAGUAUUGUCAACGUUAGACAGUCUUUGAUAAUCGGUUGAUUUGUGGGUUUAAAAUAUUGCUUUGUCAACUUUAAAUUUGCAAAUUUAUUUAGUUUUCUAUUAAUAUGAUUCAUUAGAACGAUGGUUCCCAACCGGGGGCAGGUGGUCUUUUGAGGGGUUCACAAUACUAGGUGCCAAAUUGAUUUUAAUGCGAUUUUGUUUGCAUACUUUCUCUUUCAAAACAAAAAUCUUAUUGUUUCAUUAUUAACUGAAAAGGUUAUUUUCGAUCACAGGAGUUUCUCUUUAUUUGUGCAAGAAUUGUUUGGUCAUAAUGGGAUUUGGCAUCUACCAAUCACAAUAACAAUAUAAAUUCUUCUGUGUUCUGCAAAUUUUAAUUAACCUUUGUAAUUGGUUAUAUAUUAACCACCUUUGACUUUUUGUCCUUUGGUUUAUAAAUAUACCAGUCUCUAGUAGGGGGGAAUCAAUUGGAUCAAAAUGGCAGCUUUAUAUUUUAUCAUCAGCAUGAGAUUAUUUGAUCAUGGCAACCUUUUUAUCUUAACACUUCAAUUCUUUGAGUAGUGGAGAAAUCUGAACCCCACUGAUUUUAAAUGGGAAUUUGAUUAAUAUCAUCUUUCGGAUUAGGACCAUUGCAAGUCAUAUGAUGGAUAAAUAUGUUCCACUCCAUACACCGUGUUGAAUUUACUUUACUUUUUCUUAGUGAUUGUGAUUUCAAACUUGGUAAAUACAUCAGUCCUCAAAGUGCUCGAAAUGUGUUACAGCGAUACAUUUAUUAUUUGCCAGUACCUACUAUGAUUACAACCUUCCUACAAGAUGCAAGUUUGAUUUGUAAGUCAUC